AUGGCCGCUCCCACAGAAGCGCAGCUCGCGCACAUCGAGCUCCUCGAACAACUCGACAUCCACUCCAUCCACAAGAACUUCCGCAACCCCAACUGGAAGCCCAACCAGCGACGAAACAAGAACCUCAAAGCCAUAGUAGGCGACGCGUCCAAACGAGAGGCCUCCGCGCUCGCCACGCCGCAAGACAUCAGCGGCGACGCAACUCCGGCCGACGACGGCCUGUCCACCAGCGGCACCUCGACGCCCGCGACAAGCAACAACGGAAACCCGCCGCCUCCCAACCUCGCGCAGGCAUCGCGUAGCUUGUCGAAGCUCGUGCUGGAGAAGUCGCUGAAGCCGCCCGGAGGAGGAUUAGCGACUGGAGGCGUGACGGCUCCGAGCGCGACAUACACAAACAUCGAGUCGGCCCCUUCAUUAGCACACUCGAAGCAUUAUUGCGACAUCACGGGUCUGCCAGCGCCGUACAUGGACCCCAAGACGAGGCUGCGGUAUCACAAUAAGGAGGUGUUUGGGUUGAUUAGGACAUUGCCUCAGAGCUCUGCGGAGCAGUUCCUGGCCGCUCGUGGUGCGCAUACGGUGCUGAAAUGA